AGUAGUAUGCAUGCGCAGUUUAUACAGUACUUCCGUAUAUUUUAGUUCCUGGUGUUGUCAUUAUAUUCCUGUUCGACUUAAACUUCCUUUAAAAUGGCGGGUGUCGUAGUAUACAUGUCUACAGUGAGUUCUAACCAGGCUAUCAAGAAACAACAACAGAGGAUUAAAAUGAUCUUAGAUGGAAAGAAGAUUGAGUAUGAGGAUGUAGACAUUUCACAGAAGGAGGAAGAUAAGGUGAAGAUGAGGGAAAUAGUUGGUGAUCCAAAAGCCCUUCCACCUCAGAUCUGUAAUGGAGAAACCUAUUGUGGGGACUAUGCUGCUUUUGAAAUUGCUGUUGAAGAAGAGGACAUCGAAGGUUUCCUGAAACUGAAGUGAUUCCCAAACUACCUUCCUUAAACUACAUUUGGCUCUCUUCAUAAUUGACUACCGUAGGUCAUGAAAGAAACAACAAAUAAUAGUGCAAGUUUUAUCUUUUGGAAUUUUUCUAUCUUGUUUUAUAUUUGCUAGUUGAGGUGGUGAGUGAUUGCUUUGGUUCGUUGGGGUUUUUGUUGUUGAAAGUAUAGAGAUGUUAGUUAUUAAGAUCUAGUUCCAUUUUUUCUUCUUCAUCCAAUCUAAGCAAAAUGUGAUAUGGGGUGUAUCGCAUAGGACAUUUCGCAGACAUGCAUUCCAGUAAUCACGCUACAAAGUCAAUUAGCUCAUAAGCUAUUCAAAUAAUGUACCAAACCCUACCAUGAUAUCUUUCAGAGUGAGUCAGUUGAACUGCCUAAUGGUCAAACUUGUGUUUAAUUUGCUGUAUGCCAAUGUAUACCUACAAUAUAAUGUCUUCAAAUAAUGUUCCAAUGUGGCUCAUGUUCUUUUAUAUAUUCAUAAAAAAUAUGAAGUAUAAGAGCUAGGGCCGUCGCUGCUCAAUAAAUACCCUUGUGUGUUUUUACGAGCCAUGCAGAAACACAUUAAAAUUCCAGGCAAUAGUCACAUCGUCUCUUUGGAGCCAGAAUAGCUUUAAUUCAUAUACUUUAACACAGAGUCAAUUGACGCCCUUCUGAAGGGAUACAAGGGCAUGCUGCGUGUACACAUGUGGAAUGCAUGCAUACAAUACUUCACCCUUGGCUACUCUCGUACAAUGCUAGUUCCUAAUGCAAGUCUAUUCAACCAUAAGUAUGUUCUCUUGCAGGUUACAUUUGGCAUUUCCGGGCAGUGAUCUUGUUAGGUACAUGCAGGCUUGCUCUGUUAACUUUUGCCAUUAAAAACACUUGUAUCUGUUCAGAGCGAGCAAGAAGGGCAUUAUCUCUGUUCUGAGUUAUGCCUUUCUGACUCUCAACAUACCAGUACAUUAGCUUUACAUCUAUGUGUGUACAUGCACACAGACAUUCUAUUAUACUACAGCAUAUAAUAUGAUCCUUGUUCAGCUAAAGCCUCGGUCACAAAUGCCAUUACGAACGCCCUACGAACGAUUUUCAGACAAUGGAAAUUCGGGAAGACAAUGGAAAAACGGAGAUUCGUACGAAAUUAUCGUUUGUGACCUUUGUGACCGUAGCAUAAGGUUUCUUCUGUGUUCCCUAGCUGCUCCUGUUUUUUCUGACCACCCCGGCCUGUACCACUCUAAUUCAACUGCUGACAGUAAAGUCAUGUUUGUAUGUAUCUCUCUCUCUCUCUCUCUCUCUCUCCCUCAUCUUUCUCUCCGUCUCUCUCUAGCUCUCCAUCUCAUCUUCUCUCUAACUCUUUGAUACACAUUGUACUAUCAUGUUUGCACCGUUGUUGAAAAUGUUGUUGAUAUACAUGAAAACAAAAAUAGUCAAUUUAUAAUAAUAAUAAUAAUAAAAAUAAUAAUAAUAAUACACAAGAUUUGUAUGGCGCCAAAUCUACUUGACAAUCAACUGCUUAAGGCGCAGCUUGUACGAGUGCUGUAGAUUUAUAUAUCUUUGCAGUGCAGAGGUUCUCAUAGAAAUAGGAAAAGUCCUAAAAAUUCUUAGUUAAAACCAUUGCAACAUUUGAAAAACAAAAUGUAUAAUAAUUUCAUUUUCAACUGUAUUGAUUUAUCCUGCUUAGAUUUAGACUACUAGUAAUUUGGUUUAUUUUGUAUGAUGGGAUGUUGGGGUUGUAUUAAUUUUCUAAGAAAUGAACGUUUAAAUGAUGUUGGUACACAAGUAUUACUGUAAAUUCUUCAUUCAAAAACAUGGUACAUCCUGUUUUAUACGCAAUCAACAGUAUCUUAUUAUGUGCUCUAUUAAGCAUUCCAGUACUCUUAAUGCACCUCAAGUUACAAGCAGUUUGCAAACUGAAGUUGGUAAGGAGCUGUUCACACUUCACACAUGAUGAUAGGGAGUAUGUAAGAGGACCAACAUGGCAUACAAGUUUAUCAGUUGUAUCUCAAUAGACCUUUUAACUAAUUAGUUCAGUUAUAUGGACUUUUCUUCCAAGGACCCGUGAUGACACGUAAUUUCUUUCGCCCAAUGAUUUUUAAUUUGUGAUAUCAUCUGUAAUCAUGAAUCUACCUUGCAUUCAUCAUAUUGUAUAAUUGAAGCUAGAAGGGGGCCUUUACUCAUAUAUGGAUUAGCAGAGUAAAUGCCCUUCUGGCUUCAAAGAGACAAUAUAUUGAAAUGUCAGGAAACUCUCUGGCAAAGAUUACUGGUCAUUAAGAGCAAUUUACAACAAAGAAAUAUGCAUACAAAUUAAAUACAUCGGCUAACUGCCACUGGUGUUUUGAGACCAUUUUGCCCUUCUAGUACACCAAAACAAGUGAUCAAUUGAUAUUACAAAAGUUUAUAUGUUGAAUCGGUUGCUUCCGGGAUUAUAAAUCAAGAGAUUUCUCAUAGAUUGGCCUUUGUCCUUUACGAACAAUUCAUAAAGUGUGUUUUUGGGGUCCUAUGUAACAUUCCAGUAUUUGUAAACUGUAUUGUUUUCUAUUUUAUUCCUUAUUCCCUUAUGUUUUUGUUCUUUGCUGAUACCAUGAAGGCACUUGCCAAUUCAAAGAUUACGUUCCAUUUGUGCAGAUUUAUAGUUAUAUGGAUUGUCUUUGUGUUUUUCUUUGCUUUUCUUACUUAUUCCUGUUACUUUUACAUAUGUAAAAUGAGCACAGUUUCGAGGAAAAAAAUCACAGUAAUAUACAACCAAAAAGUAUUUUGUGCGAGAGUAUAUUCAUUUGCAGUGUAAUUGUAAUAUAUAUGGAAUAUUUGGAAGGAAUUAGAUGCCUUUACCGAUAGAAAGUAUGCGCAGCUCAGCUGGAGAUACAGGAAAUAUUUUUUAUUUCAAAAUGCAUCUUCAUAGAGAAAUUCUUACUAGGUGGUGCUUUAAUAUUUUGUGUCGUUUUAUUAUUAUUGAUGAUUGUGUACAAUUCAUUUUAUGAUGCGACUUUUCCAAGUUUUUGUUAAAAUGUAUUAAAUUGCGUCUUGAAAUAUGUUCCUAGUUGACUUACAUUAUGUCAACAGCAGAUAUAAUAGUAACAAUAUAAUAAGUAAUUUACUUAUGACAAAUAUUACAGACAAAAUUGUUACAUUGAUCAUAAAAUCUUGAAGUGCUCUUUCGCAUCACACAAUUAAAAGAGAAGAAUAUCUUGGCUGUACCACGUA